AUGGGUCGUCAGAAAGCAGCCGCUAAGGAUCUCUUGGCCAACAUUCUCGACUCAAUUGAUGUUCAACCAACUCAAACCCAGCCUCAGCUAAAGCCAAAGCCAAAACAGAGUAAGAAGACCUCUUCUGCUGCCGAGAAGAGGCCUGCCAAGGCCCCACUAUCUGAGUCUACCAAAUCAAAAAGGCCGAGGUCAUCCUCUGCGACCACCUCGGGGUCUCUAAAGUGUGAUUCCCCCUGGGCCCCCCCGUCAAUCACAAUUGACAAUAAGCUAGUCAAGGCUAGUGAUAGUGCCAACGAUAUUGAGGUCGGAAUUGCACUUUCCACCGCCUUGCUUUUGCCCGAAGAUCUUAAUCGUAAUGCUCAAAUGAGUGAAUACGAAAAAUUUUCUCUGAUGCUGCAGCGUUCCGUUCAAACAAGGAAGGCGCUGGCUGACAAGACCAGGGAGGUUGCUCGUCUACAGAAGACCAAUAAAAAAGCCGAGGCAAAAAUGAAGACUUUGGAAGAUCAAGCCGAGGCUGCUAUCAAAGCUAAGCACGACACCGAAGAAAAAGAGGAUGCCGCUAAGGCCAUCAAGAAAGUUCUCGAGGCCGAAAAGAGAGAGGCCAAGGAAAAGACGACCCAGGCUCAGAAAGAACUUCAAGAUGCCUUGGCCACAAAAGAGGCCGAAAUCAAGGCCUCAGAUGAAAAGGCAUACGCUGAGGGGGUGGCCGAUGUCAUGGCGGACUACGAGCGUCAGGUGAAGUAA